AAAAAAGAGUUGUCAUUGGUUUAGAAAUCUGACCAAUUAGAAAGCGUUUUGCAUUUAUCCUCUUCAUUCGCGGGAAGAAGAAAAUAUGGCGGCCAUGGCGGACUGUUUUCCCAAAAGUCCAGAUCCUAUCUCUCGGCACCGUUCGCAGUACAAAUGCAGCACACCGCCCUGGAAAGAACAGUACAGAAAGAGGUGUUUGGAAAGACUCAAAACUGGGAGACAAAAAUCUGUAGAUAGAUUUAGGCAAAUGGAUGACUCUUCCUUAGUGAAGGAAGUAAUGAAUGAGGAGUGGAUACGACUAAGUGAAGAGAACAAGGAGCUUCCACUAUGGCGCCCAACCAGAGAGUCUUGCACACCAUUUGCUGGGCUUGAACUGGAGGAUUCUAAAGAUAGUUCACUUGAUGAAGUUCUUUCUCUAAUGGAUGAGAUACAAAGGGAACUAAUGGAAGAAGAGAGAAAGAUUCUUGCUCGAUACAAUGAAAAUCUGAUGUUUGAAGAAGCCUCCUUGUGUGCAGCUAUUGAAAGUCUGAAAACAGAUGAAUUUGUUACGUGCCCAGUCUGUAAGAGGUGUGAAGUCAAUGGUCGCUUAAUGGUAGAGUUUCUCAGUAGUUUGAGUUGGUUCGUUGUAACGCAGGCUCGUUGGUAGCUCUAGUUUCCAUGGUGUAAAGGGGCAGCAUAAUACAUGUAAAUGUUGUUUUUGUACAUGUAACAAGUAGGGUCACUGGGGGAUGUUUUUUGUGAAAGAAUUUCAAUCAGGGAUUGCAAAUGAUUUACAUUCAAACAUUGCCAUUGAAGCAAUGAGCAGUGCCAAACAUGGUAAACAAACAGCUAUGGACAAACUUCAUUUAACAAUGAAAUGUUGUUACAAGACUAUCAGUACCUUUAAAUUUGUGUUGUUUCCUUAGUAAUCCAACUAUUUUUAAAAUUUGACUGGCAGAAAACAAAAUUCUGCUGAACACUUGUGGACUCUACACUGGAGUCAAAGUGACUCCCUGUAGGAAUUCUUUGGACUCACAGAUUAGCCCUACAGACCUCAAGACUCAUUUUCCACAAAUCAUCUAGUUUGCAACAAUGUUCCCCCUUUGUAUAUACUGUCAAUGUUAAUCCCUUGCUGCAGUAUUCCAAAAAAAUCAUAUUCAAA